CUCCGAUGAACCGGCAGGUUUCGAAAUUCAUGUUGAUGAACAUUUCAUGAAUGCUUUGUUUAAUUUCGCAAAAACAAAUGAACCUGUUGCUGUGAAAAGACCUGUCUGUAAUCGGUGUAUGCGACCUGCAACAGUGUGCUGGUGUCCUUAUCUACCCCAUGCUCCAGUUGCCACAGAAACUACUGUUUAUAUCCUUCAACAUCCAUUUGAGGAGUCUCGCUGCCUGAAGACGGCUCCUAUGCUCUAUCACAGUCUUCCAGAGGGCAAGUGUCACAUUAUCAAGGGAAAGAAGUUUCCAGUCAGCCGGUUUCCUUUACUAGACGAAGUUAUGAAGUCUCCGAACACACUGCUGCUGUACCCUGGGCCAGACGCCAUCGACAUUGAUGACAUCGCUACAGACGGACAGACGUACAAUCUGGUGCUACUCGACGGAACCUGGGCUCAAGCUAAAGGAAUGUAUCAACAAAACCCGGUGAUGAAACUGCCACGAAAGGUUCAAAUAAAGUACAGUGAGCGAAGUAAAUAUGUGAUCAGAACUCAACCCACAGACAGCGCUCUGUCAACCCUUGAGUCGGCAGCAGUGGCGCUCUCCAUUCUCGAACAUAAACCAGACUUAAUACAGACCUUAACACGACCGCUGGUGGCUCUCUGUGAUUUUCAAAUACAGCACGGCGCCGUGCAGCACCAGAGUCGCGAGUACAAGAUAGAACACGGCCUGUGGAAGAAGCCGCUAGCAAAGGCAGUCCGCAAGCGCUUAGAGAAGAAACAGCUUAAAGACGCAGUUUCUUAGCAUUUAGAAAAUAUCUAGAUAAGAUUUGAAUUGAUAGCCACGUAGAUUUAUUGCAUAAUUUAAUUCUUAAGCAGAGUUCACACUAGUCAUGGAAAUCCUGGAAAGUCAUGGAAUUUUGAGUUGGGUCAUGGAAAGUCAUGGGAUUUUGAGUUGGAUCAUGGGAAGUCAUGGGAUUUUGAGUUGGAUCAUAGAAAGUCAUGGGAUUUUGAGUUGGACCAAGAAAAGUCAUGGCAUUUUGAGUUGGAUCAUAAACUUUUGAGUUGGUCUUAAAAUUUUGAUUUGGAUGAUCUUGACAUUUUUAAUUGGGCUAUGGAAAGUCAUGGAAUUGUUUGUUGGGUCAUGGAAAGUUAUGUAAUUCUGGGUACAGUCAUGGAAAGUCAUGGAAUUUUGAGUUGGGCCAUGGAAAGUUGUGGGAUUUUGAGUUGGAUCAUGGAAAGUUGUGGGAUUUUGAAUUGGGUCAUGGAAAGUUGUGGGAUUUUGAAUUGGGUCAUGGAAAGUUAUGGAAAAUGAAACAUGAUUGAUAAUUCACUUUUUCCCAUCUAAAAUAACACAAAGAGAUAUCGGCUAUUGGCAUCAAACUAGUAUUAAUAGUAGUAUUAGAUUGCAAGACAUAAUGGAAUUUGACCAAAAUCAAAGUGUUUGAACCUGUUACGGUAGUCAAAUAACACUAGAAAUGGUUUUGAACCUGUUAC